CCUGUACUGUGUCCGCAGUCUCUGGUCAUCUCCUGUACUGUGUCCGCAGUCUCUGGUCAUCUCCUGUACUGUGUCCGCAGUCUCUGGUCAUCUCCUGUACUGUGUCCGCAGUCUCUGGUCAUCUCCUGUACUGUGUCCGCAGUCUCUGGUCAUCUCCUGUACUGUGUCCGCAGUCUCUGGUCAUCUCCUGUACUGUGUCCGCAGUCUCUGGUCAUCUCCUGUACUGUGUCCGCAGUCUCUGGUCAUCUCCUGUACUGUGUCCGCAGUCUCUGGUCAUCUCCUGUACUGUGUCCGCAGUCUCUGGUCAUCUCCUGUACUGUGUCCGCAGUCUCUGGUCAUCUCCUGUACUGUGUCCGCAUCUCGGGUCAUCUCCUGUACUGUCCGCAGUCUCUGGUCAUCUCCUGUACUAUGUCUGCAGUC